CCUCCGCCGUGUCCUCCACCGCACCACCGCCUGCCGGCUGAGUAGUGACUAGUGAGUACUGUUCUCAAUUUGCGUUCUAUAAAUUCACUUGAUUUUGUUUCUGUCGAAAAUCCGAUCAUGGUUUCAACGGCGGAUUUGCGCUCUCGUUGCGGCGGCGGUGGCUUUGAGGAUCGAUUUCCGCGGUGGUGCUACUACUACACUCCACCGCCGUCGUCGGCGAGCGUUUGCCGGUCAUUCGGCGGUCGGUCCAUGCGAACUUUUCGGUCUAACAUGUUUCAAGCCGAGCGGAAGUACUGUGAGGUUCCAGAGAAUUCGAUUCCGGAGGAGGUAAAUGUCGCCGGCGGUGAGGUAGCGGAUGGAGUGGUGAGUAAUGCGAAAUGCGUGUCGGAUUCGGAGAUUGGUGAUGCGGUGGACAUAUCAGGUCCGGUUAGCGAUUUCUCGGCCUGUUCGAGUGACAUUUCCGGGGAGCUUCAGCGUCUGUCGGCUCUACCUGAUCCAGGAUCGAGUCCUGGAGCGAGUUCCAUGUCGGAGACGGAAUCGAGUUCAGGAGUUUUGCAGAUAGAAAGGUUCUCGACGGAAAUUAUCGAGAGCAUGUCGCCGGAAAACCUUCAGUCUACCGUUAAACUCUGCGUGGACGCCUUGUGUUCGUCGUCAAUUGCACUGAAACGUUCCGCCGCGGCAAAGCUAAGGUUUCUGGCGAAAAAUCGAACGGAUAAUCGCGCCUUGAUUGGUGAAUCCGGAGCAGUACCAGCUCUGAUUCCACUCCUUCGUUGCUCCGAUCCGACGACGCAGGAACACUCCGUCACGGCGCUGCUUAAUCUCUCCCUCCAUGAAAGCAAUAAGACCUUAAUAAUCGACGCCGGCGCUGUCAAAUCCCUAAUCUACGUCUUGAAAACAGGUACCGAGACAUCCAAGCAAAACGCCGCCUGCGGUUUGCUGAGCUUAGCUUCGACCGACAAGAACAAACUCUCAAUCGGUGCAUCCGGCGCCAUACCUCCGUUGGUUACAUUACUGAAAAACGGAUCAAAUAGAAGCAAAAAGGACGCUCUCACUACGCUUUACAAGUUGUGCUCCGUGAAAAUCAACAAGGAGAGAGCAAUAGCUGCAGGAGCCGUGAAACCGCUUUUGGUGCUCGCCGCGGAAACUGACACAGGUCUGCCAGAGAAGGCUAUGGUGGUUUUGAGUAGCCUGUCGUGGAUUGAGAUGGGAAAGGAGGCUGUAGUGGAGGCGAAUGGAAUCGCUGUGUUGGUGGAGGCUAUUCAGAGUGUCAGCGACAAAGUGAAGGGAUUUGCAGCGCUGACUCUGCAACAGUUGUGUGAGGAAAGCGUUGCCAACAGGGAGUUGGUUGUGAAGGAAGGGGGUAUUCCGCCAUUGAUGUUGCUGUCACAAUCUGGUACAGGGAAAGCAAAGCAAAAGGCUUCAAUACUUCUCGAAUACUUAACAGAAUCAACAAUGGGAGCAUCUUCUUCAACUUCUUAGGCAAUUGUUUUGAAUGGUUUGCAUCAUCCUUCCCUUUUGAGAACUCUUCCAAUUGGCUGUUCAUAUAUAUAGAGAGAGAGCAAAUAUCCAAUGAAUGCGUAUCUGUAUAGAGUGGAUAGUUAUUAAUUAAUUUCAACAUUUUUGGCACCUAUCAUUGGUAAUGUCCAUAUUUUGAACUUAUAUAAAAUCCAUUUCCCGUUUUGUUGACA